AUGACAGCUCCAACAACUAGUUUACUUCAAGAUUUGGAAAAAGAAUAUUUGAAAGAAUAUAUGCUGUUAUAUGAAAUAUGUGAAACAAUUGUUCAAGGCAAAAAUGAGCCACCUCAAGAUUUUGCUGAAGAAGCUAUGAAACAAUUGGUUUCUGUUGCAGAUAUGAUUACUGAAAAUGAUGAAGCAGCAUUAAAAUAUCUGAUUGAUAUUAAAAUGAUGUAUCUUGAAAAACCAGGAUUUGAACUUAUGUUUGAAUUUGAAGAGAAUCUGUUCUUCACCAAUAAAAUAUUGAAAAAAACAUAUUUUUAUCAAGAAAAUCCAGGUUGUGGUGGUGAUUUUGUUUAUUAUCAUGCUGAAGGUACACAAAUCAAUUGGAAUGAUGGCAAAAAUCUUACAAAAACAGUAGAGAGAAAAGUUAAAAAACAUAAAGAUACUAAUCAAAUUCAUGAAAAAAAUGUAACAAUAGAUACAGAAUCAUUCUUUUGCUUCUUUAGCCCACCAAUUGAAGAAGAAGAAGAUGAAAAAUUGGAUGAACAACUGGAAAUAGAUUAUCAAAUUGAAAAUCUUAAUAUUAUAAGAAGCUCUUCUUUUUCAUGUCCAGAAAUUAGAAUAGAAGUCUGUUCAAAAGGAGCUAAGGAAAAGAUUAUUG